AGAUAUCGAGCUCGUCACAAUGUGGAGCCCUCGUAUGUAGAGGCGAUUUUGUUUUGAUCUUCGAUCGAGGAAUCAUGUCAACUAUUCCGGGAGACGGACGGCAGCAUCAGCAUGAUCUUGCAGGCGACCCUCCAACUCACAUCUCUGCUUUCAGCCUGGUUGUGCUGUUCGCGCUGUGGGUGUUUGCGCACGCAUGGGGUUGCUUAUUCCGUUACGUGAUGAAGACACCCCCACUGCUGGGCUACCUCCUGGGGGGUAUUUGUUUCCGCAACGUGGGCGGUGCCGCACUGCAUUUCGCACAGGCGAAGGUGAGGCAGUCACUAAUACAUGACAACAGCAGGACAACGACCAAACCUGGCGGCCCCCCAGCGGCCGGAGAUGCGGAACAAGCGAGCCAAAACCUCACUUUGAUUCCCGCAGAUAUUUCGUCCCUCGUGCGCACGCUCGGGCUCGCCACUAUUCUCAUGAUUGCGGGAUGCGAGAUCGACUACCAGAAAAUCCGGCGGAUGGGCGGCAUGUGUCUGCGGCUGACCGUGCUUCCCGGCGUGAGCGAGGCCUUUGCCGUGGCUCUCGUAUCCAUGUAUGUGUUUGGGUUUUCCCUCGCCUGGGGCCUCGUGCUGGGCUUUAUCCUGGGCGCCGUGUCCCCUGCCGUGGUGUGCGGCGGUAUGUUUGCGCUGCAAAAGCGCGGGUACGGUGUCGCGAAGGCGAUUCCCUCUCUGGUCGUGUGCGCCGUAUCAAAUGCAAAAAUUUCUGGGUCUGGAAGAUUGCGAGAUUUGUUAUGCUGAUCUGGCAUGGCUCUUGAAUCUGUAUUGCGUGGCCACAAACAACCUCUCUCGCCUGUCAUGCAAAAACGCAGUUUCUCAUGCGGAAUACGCAGCACCGAAGCACGAAGCAACUUGUCAUGCUUGGCGGCGCAUUACAGUGCAUUUGUAUAUUGACUGACUUGCAUCACAAGUUUCCAGACCCAGACAUUUUUGCAUUUCAUACGCCGCGAGCUUGGACGACGUGGUUGCCAUUUAUCAAAUGCAAAAAUGUCUGGGUCUGCAAGAAUGCAACUUGUGAUGCUGCAUUUGGAUGUCUAAAAGAUUUGUGUUGCAUGAGCAGCAAAAGGAGUCUCACUUUUGCUACGCGGACAGGGCAUUUGUCAUGCGGAAUAGGCAUCAAGAAUCCCUGAAAAAACCUGUGAUGCUAGGGCAUGCAUCACAGACAUCAUGGCUCAUGCAAACCGUGCGUGGCAUGUCUCAAAGUCAAAACCCUCCAGACCCAGACAUUUUUGCAUUUUAUACCAUUUCCGGGUUCACCACCUCGCUCGGCGUCGCCAUGAGUGACAUCAUGCCCGCGGACGAGAGAAACCUUUUGCGGACCCUGCUGGGGCUGCCGCACGUACCUGCGCAUCCCAGUUCGCACUUCUACGCGAUGCUGCACGGGCCAACCAAUUUGCUGCUCGGCGCGGUGCUGGGCGUCACUUUAGGUGCGGCGUUCGCGAAGCUUUGCCAAACGGACGCAGCGACGGCAUCUUCAUCAUCAUCCCGAGGGGGUCAUGCAACCUCUAGUUCAACUAGCUCCUUUUGGGGUAGCGGUUCUUUCUUCGGCCGCAAGCUCCUGGCUGCCCACGCGCUCGCCCGCCGAAACGAACUGCUGCAGUCGUCUUCGUCCCGGGGACGGCGGGGCAGGAAAAAGCUGUUGCCGAAUAUGGUGGGGAAACUAAUUUCUAAUCAAAGCGACAGCUACGAUCAGGGCUCUGUGUUCGGUGGUGGCCUCGGGGAUGACUUGCGUCGGAGCAAGACGCCCGUGGAGCAGCUGGCGCUUGGAUCAGCACGGGAGUCACGGCAAAAGAUGCGCUUCAUUCCGACUGCUUCUAGCCCCGCAACAUCUCCAACCGGAAUGGAAACGCAGCUGCCCGGAAGUGGUCGUGGUGCCGCAGAGGACCCAAACAGCCUGGAAGAGAGCAGUAGAAUAACGACCGAGGUUGUAAAUAAUCCUACGAAGCCUGAAAAUUUUCUCUCCGCUAUGGUAUUCGCCACUGGGUGCGGCGUUGCGAUGCUCGCAGUCCACUUCCAGUACUCGGGCGCGGGGUUUCUCGCUUGUCUGUUUUUCACCUGUGCGUUUUCGCAGCUGUCGAGGCCAAAAAGUGCAACUUUGCACGGCACAACAAGUUCUAAAACCCCAGUCGGUACUAGUACAGGCGAUUUUCCAGACGACGGAGCAGAGGCAACGGACCGGCACGACGAAGGAGCAACGGGCGCUUAUAGUGAUUCCGGAGCGGACAGCGACGACAACAGAAUAGCCAUGCCCAGUCAAUCGCCGACUGACGGGGGCAGCGGGACGAAAAGAGUCAUGUCGUUUGAGCUAGAAGACAUCUCGCUUGCGGCGCCGAGUGCGGCGAGCGAUGAGGCGAGCCACUCACUCGACUUGGAUCUUCGCACAAGUAGUCCAAAGGGCGCCGCAAGAGGGGGAUUUGGAACAGAAGAGAAAGACCUCCGGGUUGUACUAGGUGAUACAACUGCAGUCCCCUCGAGGCAGGGCGAGGACCACUCCGUUUUCGACGUGAUGGGCGCAUCUCACGCCGCCGAGGACGCGGAUGCGGAUUUUUCGGUGCGCGAGUUGAUGUUGGCCGCUGGCGCGCAGGACUACACGCCGGUCACGGCGGUGUGCCACAACCUCAGCCGGAUAUGGGACUGGUUCGCCGAGCCGCUGCUUUUUGGCGUGAUUGGUACGGUUGUGGACGUGCGAAAGCUCCACUUUCCCACCCUUCCGAAGGCGACCUUUCUCGUCCUGUGCUGCGUGUUUUUCGUGCGCGUUCCCGCCGCCGUGUUCGCGACGAGCUUCGGCAACCUGAGCUGGCGGGAGCGGAUUUUUAUCGGCCUCGCGUGGAUGCCGAAAGCCACGGUGCAAGCAGCCUUGGGAAGCGUUCCGCUCGAUAGGCUCCAUAAGAUUUUGGAAACGGAACGGAGUCAAGGCGGCGGAAAGAAUAGCUCUACUCCCGAGGUGGAGAUGAAGGUCUUGCAGGAGUGGGGCGAAGUGAUCGUGACGACCGCGGUCUUGUCCAUUCUUCUGACGGCGCCAAUAGGUCUGCUGGUCGUUUCAAAGCUCGGACCCAUCAUGCUCACGCGGGACGGCGAUCCGUCUGCGAGUAGAAGAACAUCUGGCGCCGAUCAUGGGGCUGUCGAGCUAUCAUACGCUGACAACGUCGAAGUAGAUGCGACGGCCGCCUCGAGUAGCGACGCAAUAGCGCGGGAGUAAAAGCAAUUUUGCAAAAAUACGCUGUGCAUCUUCGGAUCAAA